GAAUUAUCCCAAAAGAAACCUCAUUACACACACACAUUUCACCUCUUCACAUCCUUUCUUCUUCCUCAAAACCCUAAUCCAAACCUCAAUAAACCUCUGAACAAAUCAACCAAUCACACACAAACAUGAGCAACACAACCGAUACACUAGCUCAAUUUCAACAAAUCACAGGUCUCCAUGACACCGAUCUAUGCACCGAGAUCCUCUCAGCUCAUCAAUGGAACCUCGAACAAGCAAUUUCAACCAUCACUUCAUCAUCAUCAUCAUCAUCCGAUUUCGAACACAUUAAUCCAACAAACAACUUCGAACACUCCGAAUUCAUCCCCGAUAACACUGCAGGUCCACCAGACCCUCCAGGUUUAGGUUUAGCAUGGAAACUUAUUUCGCUUCCGGUUUCGAUCGUUUCCGGAAGCCUAGGGUUAGUUUCUGGUGCGGUCGGGUUAGGUUUAUGGGCUGUAGGUGGUGUAGUAUCCUAUUCACUAGGUAUGAUUGGGUUAAAUAACUCCGGCGAGGCGUCCGAUACUCUGGUUGCGGUGUCGGGUUCGGUAUCGGAGGCGAGGGAGUUUGUGAGGCGGUUUGAGAGUGAGUAUGGGGAUAGGGGGCCGAGGUUUGUUGCGGAGGGGUUUAUGGAUGCGUUAGAGCGGUCGAGGCGUGAGUUUAAGUUGUUGUUUGUGUAUUUGCAUUCGCCGGAUCAUCCGGAUACGGAGUGGUUUUGUGAGGGGAGUUUGUGUGAUGAGGUUGUGUCAAGUUUUGUGAAUGAGAAUUUUGUGGCUUGGGGUGGGAGUGUUAAGGCGAGUGAAGGGUUUAAGAUGAGUAAUAGCUUGAAGGCGUCGAGGUUUCCGUUUUGUGCGGUUGUUAUGGCUGCUAGUAAUCAGAGAAUCGCGUUGCUCCAGCAGGUUGAGGGGCCUAAAUCACCAGAAGAAAUGCUUACAAUGUUGCAGAGGGUUGUUGAAGAAAGUGCCUCUGUCCUUUUGCCGGCAAGACUUGAUGCAGAGGAGCGUAGAAACAACAUGCGAUUGAGGGAGGAACAAGAUGCUGCAUAUCAAGCUGCACUAGAAGCUGAUGAAGCUCGGGAACGGCAGAGGAGGGAAGAGCAAGAACAAGUAGAAAGGGAAGCUGCUGAAGCUGAAAGAAAACAGAAGGAAGAAGAAGAGGCUCGUGAAAGAACAGCACGUGAAGCUGCAGAAAGAGAAGCUCAAUUAAUCAAAUUAAGAGAGGAAAAGUCUCUGUCUUUGGGCCCUGAACCUGAAAAAGGGCCUGAUGUUACUCAGGUAUUGGUGAGAUUACCGAACGGGGAGCGAAAGGGAAGGAGGUUUCAUUCUACUACAACGAUACAAUCUCUAUACGACUUUGUUGAUUCUUCCGGAACCUUGGAAAUGGGAAGUUACACUCUUGUCACCAAUUUCCCUCGUGUUUUAUACGGUCCAGGGCAAACUAUCGUUAACACUCAAAGAAGUUGGAUUACAUCCUCAAGCUAGUCUUUUUGUCGAGAUGAAAUCAUGAGAUUGGUCAUGGGUACGGCGAGUCUAGUUCAUACCUUGGCCGCAACUGUAUGUGCUAUAGGAUUUCCUUUUUCUUUUUCAUGGCGUCAACAAGACCAAUCAUGUGUUUAGGACCUUGUUUUUCUUCAGGGCAAAUGCAUAUCCCAAAUGUUGAUUGUUAGUAUGUAUCAUGCAGGCCGAAAUGUAAUGUAAUAACGUACAAAUAAACCCGUCUCACAAACAAAUGAAACAGAAUGAUAUUCUAGAUU